UUGUGUAAUGUCUGGAGCCACAUGACGGUCCAGGCUGGAAGAAUGGAGGUGGCACUUGUUGACUUUGAGAAUGUGGAGAAUAUCGACAACAGUGUGGACAACUUCAAUGAUCCAGAUUAUCCCAAUGAGAUGACGGCUUUGACACUAGACAUGUUAGACUUUGGGCCGGACAGCCCUUAUGCUUCAAAAAUGUCCCAAUUUAAAGAGAAGAGCCCCCAGAAUUUGGAAGUAUUACCACAAUCACCAGUCAUGCCCCCUCAUACCAGAAGAGGGCGUGCUAGUUGCACUAGCCUGAUUUCCAACUGGAAAUUACUUGUCAACAGUGAAGGGACACAAAGUGAGACUAUCUUUAGUCGGAUGGCCAAAGAGUGUUAUGAGGACUUAUUUGUUGACAAGCGAUGUCUUGAUGAUGGAGAGCAGAAGGUCAUCAUUAACAUCGCUGGCCUUCGUUUCGAAACACGCGUCAAGACCCUCGACCAAUUCCCUGAUACUCUGCUGGGUGACCCAGUGAAAAGAAUGGGCUUUUUUGACCCAAUGAGAAAUGAGUAUUUCUUCGACCGUAAUCGGCCAAGCUUUGAUGGGAUCCUGUACUAUUAUCAGUCGGGUGGCAAAAUCCGCCGGCCUGCAAACGUACCUCUAGAUGUCUUCGCAGAUGAGAUCAUUUUCUACGAGUUAGGACAGGAGGCCAUGGACCAGUUCCGAGAGGAGGAAGGUUUCAUCAAAGACAAGGAUGUCCCUUUGCCUACCAAUGAGGUCUACAGGCAGUUCUGGCUACUUUUCGAAUACCCAGAGAGCUCAAACGCCGCCCGAGGGGUUGCUUUAGUUUCCAUUUUUGUCAUCGUCAUCUCCAUCAUCAUAUUUUGUAUGGAGACUCUCCCAGAAUUCCGCGAGGACCUGGAGAUUUUUCCAGCUGUGAGUCUUUCCUUAAACCAGACACCGGGUACGAGCCAUCCCUUGAGUUCUCCAUCAAGCCCCACUCCCAAAACCAUCGCCAGCACCUUCUCCGACCCAUUCUUCAUAAUUGAGACGGCUUGCAUCAUCUGGUUCUUCUUUGAGCUUUGUGUGCGAUUUCUGGUCUGCCCCAGCAAACGGGAUUUUUUCAACAACAUCAUGAACAUAAUCGACCUCAUCUCCAUAAUUCCUUACUUUGUCACUCUGAUAACAGAAAUAGUGACCACAGCCGACAAGUCUAAUACAGGGCAGAACAUGUCCCUAGCCAUCCUACGAAUCAUUAGACUGGUGCGAGUCUUCAGGAUAUUUAAGCUCUCCAGACAUUCCAAAGGGUUGCAGAUCCUGGGCCAAACACUCAAGGCCAGCAUGAGGGAACUUGGUCUGCUUAUCUUCUUUCUCUUCAUCGGAGUCAUUCUCUUUUCCAGCGCCAUCUAUUUCGCUGAGGUGGACGAUCCCAACACCCAAUUUGUUAGCAUCCCUGAUGGAUUCUGGUGGGCAGUGGUCACCAUGACUACAGUGGGUUAUGGAGACAUGUGUCCCAUUACGCUGGGCGGUAAGAUUGUGGGCACGCUUUGUGCCAUUGCCGGGGUGCUGACCAUUGCCCUGCCAGUGCCUGUCAUAGUCUCUAAUUUCAACUACUUUUAUCAUAGAGAGACAGAGCAGGAGGAAAAGCCACCCAUAGCUGAGAGUGUCGAUCAAACUUUAAAAUCAGGAAACACCACAAAGCCUUCAAGUAAUUCCUCUCUGAACAAGGUAAAUGGGGGCGUGCAGAACGACAAAUCAAAGUAUUAAGAAAAAAUAAACUAAUAGGCACAAAUAAUUGGACAAGUACUUG